CACAUACCAUCUCUUCUGUCUCUCUAAGGCAGUCAUUGUAUAGUUAACUACCUCCACUGCCCAGCACGUCUAUCAACCAUGAGACUACUAUGGUUACUACUAGCAUGGCUGGCAUUUGGGGAAGUUUAUGCUCAGAGCAAGUGUGGGAUCGAGAUAGUUGAUGGCAGCAGCAGCAGCAGCAGCAUCAAGCGCAGCGUAGGGUUCCUCCGGCUUGAGCGCAACGUCACCUGGCCGGCGACGUCGACGACGGCCCUGGCAAAACGGAUGCAGCUGCCGGGGUCGCUGGAAUCGCUGGGAGAAUUCUACGAAAAGGAGCUCCCCAAGAUUUCGAAACCUAUCGCGACACGCGACGAAGCCCCCGAGGCGACCUGGAUGAGCGCGGCAAUCCUGCAGGAAUUCGGCCGGUUACGGAGGAAGGAGUGGAGCACCGGUCUUGAGGGCCUCAAGGGGUGCACCACCCUGUAUAUCAUCAGCCGCAAGGCAGUAUAUGCGACCCACUGGUGGGAGAAUGUCUCCUUCGACCCAGACGAUGAGUGGCGGGACCCGCCGACCCAAACGGACGCUGAAUUGUUCCAGCUCACUGUCACUGAUAUGCUGAGGGACGGAGGGAGAUACCACAGGAAACUCGAUGCCGACCUGAUCGAGGACGACUACAUCCGCGCUUACCUCAUCCGUCCAGCCAAGCCUUUCCGGCAGUUAGAAGAUCCAAACGCUGCCGACUACACCAUACAAUGGAAUCAGAUCCGUGACACUGUCGGCGAGCUGGUGCCCACGCUGCAAGACCAAUCACGCUGGACAGACAUUGCGUACGAGACGGUGAAAGAAGAUGAUGAACUCUUCAUAGGCAAUACAGUCAGAGGAAGGAAUCUCUUCAAAUACGACCGAGCUCAGGACAUUGGGGGGGCCAAACGCAGCAAUGGGCUAUGUUGUGGGUUGAAGGCCAGAAGUACCAUGAGGACAAAUGGUGAGCCAUAUACAGGGUCUGGUGUGAUCAAGUGUCUACGGUGGUCUAUAUUGUAUAUAUACAUAUAUGAUUCAUUACUACCCGUCGCGGCUAUCUUCUUUCCUGCAAUUGGGCUCUUACUCUGUCUAUCACUAUCAUACACUAUUCGAUGUUCCGGUCGCUCUCUGUACCAUACUUCCAAACAAUCUGGCAAAGACGCAGAGACUUGACAAGCUUGCUCCCCGCAUAUUCAUACGCAAAAAAAGAUUUUAGGGCGAUCUGCUGACGAGAGUAAAUUGGAUGCAGUGUGCCAUGGGUUACCUGAUACUCAGCACCAGCGCUAUUUGAAAGUAAGGCUGCUCUAGUUCUUCGCCACACUUGCGAAGGUCUCUUACUUAUGUAUGAGAAAAACACAUCCCAUUCCACAGUAGGGGUAGAAUAGGACCAGGAC